AUGGGAAAUUCGGGGUCUAAAGGAUUGUCGGAGCAAGACAAGGCCAUUUUGCAACUCAAAUUGCAAAGAGACAACUUGCACAAAGCACAAACAAGAAUAAACCUAGUCAUAGAGAAAGAAAAUCAAGUCGCACGACAACUAUUGCGAAAUGGCCAGAAAGAAAGAGCAAAACUGGCUUUACGAAAGAAGAGAUACCAAGAAAGUUUGAUAAAACAGGUUUUUGGUCAAAUGGACACUUUGGAGCAGCUGAUUUCAACGAUAGAGUUCAAGCUCAUUGAGAAGGAUGUUCUGUACGGACUACAAGAGGGAAACAAGGUUCUGGGACAACUCAACAACGAAAUGUCUCUGGACAAAGUUGACAAAAUUUUAGACGAAUCAGAUGAAGCAAUUAGAUACCAGGAAGAGAUUACUGAUCUCUUGGGUACUCGUAUGAAUCAAGCUGAUGAAACUGCCGUAGAAGAAGAAUUGGAAGCCUUGGAAAGAGAGACUAAGAAAACGGUUGUACUACCUGAUGUGCCAACUGUAAGGGUUGGAGUAGAGGAUGAUAAGGAAACAAGAAACGAACAAAAAGAAGAUAAGCCUUUACAAACACAGAAAACUCCAGUUGCUGCUUAG